AUGGGAACUGGGUUACACAAGGAGGGCGGGAACUCCUUUAGCUGGGUGCUGUACGCCACGCUGGGCCAGCUGCUGGCUGAGCAGUGCGGGGGUUACCGGCCUUGGCUCUGGGUCGGCCACCCGACUACCACGCAACCUGCCCUGGGCACACUGGACUUCAGCCUGCUGUACGACCAGGAGAACAACGCCCUCCACUGCACCAUCAGCAAGGCCAAGGGCCUGAAGCCGAUGGACCACAAUGGGCUUGCAGACCCCUACGUCAAACUGCACCUGCUGCCGGGAGCCAGUAAGGCAAAUAAACUCCGAACAAAAACUCUCCGUAACACUCUGAACCCCACCUGGAAUGAGACCCUCACUUACUAUGGGAUCACAGACGAAGACAUGAUCCGCAAGACCCUGCGGAUCUCCGUGUGCGACGAGGAUAAGUUCCGCCACAACGAGUUCAUCGGGGAGACGCGGGUGCCCCUGAAGAAGCUGAAGCCCAACCACACCAAGACGUUCAGCAUCUGCCUGGAGAAGCAGCUGCCGGUGGACAAGACGGAAGACAAGUCCCUGGAGGAGCGUGGCCGCAUCCUCAUCUCCCUCAAGUACAGCUCGCAGAAGCAGGGCCUGCUGGUGGGCAUCGUGCGGUGCGCACACCUGGCCGCCAUGGACGCCAACGGCUACUCGGACCCCUACGUGAAAACAUACCUGAAGCCAGAUGUGGACAAGAAAUCCAAACACAAGACGGCAGUGAAGAAGAAAACCCUGAACCCAGAGUUCAAUGAGGAGUUCUGUUACGAGAUUAAGCACGGCGACCUGGCCAAGAAGACCCUGGAGAUCACCGUGUGGGAUUACGACAUCGGGAAAUCCAACGACUUCAUCGGCGGCGUGGUUCUGGGCAUCAACGCCAAGGGCGAGCGCCUGAAGCACUGGUUCGACUGCCUGAAGAACAAGGACAGGCGCAUCGAGCGCUGGCACACGCUCACCAACGAGCUCCCGGGGGCCGUGCUCAGCGACUGACGCCCACCGCCAACGCCCACCCUGCCCUCCCCUGGGCUUCCUCAGCUGCCACCAAGGGCCACAGCCCCCAUGUUGGGGAGAUCACGACACCUCCUGGGACACAGCCGCUGCAGCCCCUGCUUGGAGGACACGGGAGCCCAGCACUUGGGACAGGGAGGGCAGAGAACUGGGCCCCCAAGGGGAAGGAGAAGACCUCGGCCUCAGCUCCCUCCUGGGGGAAGAGCUUGGGGCUACCUGGGGCAAGGACCCACCCUGAGGUCAGCGGCAAGGCACAGGCUGAGAGAAUAGGAGUGCCCUGGCAGGGCCCUGGCAGUGGAAUCGUGACCAGGCGAGGACAGGACUCCAGAGAACCUUUACUCCCAGGUGAAGCCCACGGGCGGUUCUGGACACACCCGCCAUCUCUGGCGUCACUGGGCAGGUGGGAAGAGGUGGGCUUAGCAGCUGAGGCUGAAGUUCCUGGAGGUGCCAGUGAACACAGGCGAGUCGGCCAGUGCUUCCCUCAAUGAUUCCACAAACCCUGGGGGUGCACGAAACCCAGGCCUGCCCUCAGGGAGCUGGAAACUCACAACUGCAGGUGCAAAGCACCCAGAUCAACCCGGCCGGCCUGCAGGUGCAGUGGGUGUGCUGGCUCUGCCAGUGGGGAGGUCAGGAAGGCUUCCUGGAGGUGGUGCUCCAAUGUGGCCUUGAAGAGGGGUGAGUGGAGGUUUCUAGACAGGCGGAGGGGGAAGGAGCCCGGGCAGUGGGAGUGCUCUGCUAAGGCUUGGAGGGGACAGAAAGAGGCUGGACCAAGGAACUGUGAGGGACCCCCACUGCCCCAUGCAAAGUGCAAGGUCAUUCAGACAGGAGUGGGGCUCUGGUGGGGGGCGGGAGUAGAAGCACCACAAGGAACUGAUGAUGGUGAGGAGUCAAGGUCCCCCUGGACCCAGAUCUUCUGCCUAGAUCUUCCUCUUCCGAGGGACCUCGAAGCUGGGCCCUGCCCCCUUGUUCUGCGUCGGGUCACCUGCAGUGGAGGAGAGGUCCCUUAACAUGAAAGAAAGCAAACGUUCCUCCUGUCCCCCUCUCCUUAGUCCCCUCCCCGUGGGCUUGGGGGGCGUACUGAGGGUCUCUGAGUCGCUACCCAUAGCAUCUUGGCCUCAGCAUGGCCAUGGAUGUCCCUUUCGGGAGUACGUGGCAGCCCAGGGCUUGGUUUCUGGGGGAGCCUAUCCGUGCUCUGCGGGGGUCCAGCUCUCCGGGAAAAGGUUGCAAGCACCGAAUCUUCACAGGAAGUGAAGCCUGGCUUCCCGGCCUCCAGGGGGCCUUUGGGACCCUGGAUGGACAAAUGCAGACCCAAGGGGUUUCAAAGGCAGCAAGCCUCACUCUGUUCAGCCUUCCUCUGUUCAGCCAGAACCAGGACCCCAUGGCUCCUCCCAGCCCCCCAGCCCAGAGCUCUGGACUCUGCAGAGGAAGCGGGUGCUGGGCUCCCACGUGAGAGGGCUCACCCUGCCUGCUGCCCACCCAUGCCAACACCAGCAGCAAGGUUUGCAGGGGCCAAGCACAUCACCGUCUGAGGCCAGGGUGACAGUUCAAAUCCCACCAAGUGCCGGCGGCCAUGACCCAGUGUGCAGGGGAGCAGGACUCAGCGCCCCUGAAGUACCUGGCCACCUCUGUUGCUCGUGCAGCCUCAGUCCCCAUCUUAGGAGCGCUCUGUGUCAUGCCGAGGGUUAGUGCAUACCGCGUGGCUGGGGUCAGUACGCGCCGUCCCUUCCCUCCAGGCUGCUGGGGACUCAGAGAACAUGGGGAGAGAGGCCCUGCGUGAUGGGGACGUGUCUUGUCACCGUCCUGCCACCUUGUCCUUUAGCUGGCUCUGGAACCAUGUGUCCCACUUACGGCUUUCCCAGAGGUGCCCACACCCUGGCCCUGGCUCUCAGCCACCCUCUGGGCCUGUGAGCCGGGGGUCGGGGCAGAGUAAAGGCACUGUUUUUCUCCACAGCUAGUACGGGAAGCCCUGGGGGCUGAAGUAGGAGUGGCCAUUAAGACCCAGGGUCUCGGGAAGUUCUGGGUGUCUUAGCUUGCUUUCCCUGGGCCUCAUUCAGAGAAGAGCCUUGACAGCCUCUCUGUGAAGACAAGUGCUGAAUGGCAGAGCCAGCAGAGGCCUGAGCCCACCUAGUACGACUUCCUCAUUAGACACGUGGGGAAACAGGUCCAGUGAGUGGAAGGAGCCCACUGGGACACACAGCACUGCUGGCACCGCGUCAAGGGCCCUCUGUGCCCCAGGCUCAGGCUGUGUCAGGUUGAGCGGGGUCCUGAAAGAUGGUCCCGCCUGACCCAGGGACAGGACAGCCUGGGGGCCGCGCUUCUGGCCAGCCGGCCCAGAAGCAGGGUGGGGUGCGGGGGCGGGUCCAGGGAGUGACAGGCCUGCACCAGGAGCCUGGCACUUUUAGGACCUCGCGCAGAUUGAUUCACUCAUAAAGGCGCUUUGAAAAGUUGCAGAAUCCACUCUGCCUGUGACCUCUAACGGGCACCUUUCUUCUGGUCUAUCAGCUCCUCAAAGGGGAAAUCUGAUGCCAAAAACAAUGUGAUUCCAAAGUCAGGCGUCAGGAGCCAGGGGGACGCCGGAUGCACUGCAUCCUCCUCCAGCCCUGGUCUCCGCCCCGCCCGCCGCCACCACUAGCCAGUCCCCGACGGGCCCGUCUUCCAAACCUGGAGCGGUAACUUCCUGACCUCUAGUGGCGAGAGCGAGGAACUGCACCCCGGGCCGUGCAUGUGCUGCCCUUUGUUUCCGAACCGAGCGAAGCUCCCGAUGCAUGGUCUCUGGCUGUCGGCGACGCAGACCUUUGUGCACUGCUUAACACCGUUUUUGCUGCCAGGUGACGGCUGCAGAAACCGUCCUCACACUGCAGCCCCACAACACAAUUUUUGUACUUUCGUCUGACAUACCCAAAGGUGUCCUUUUUAUGUCUUAUUUGUUAACAUUUAUAAUGACAUAUAAUCCAAAGUAAAUGGAAGCAUCAUAUUGAGA